AUGAUCAACGGAGGAUCUUUUUCAAACAUUGACAUAGCACUCGAAUUCGAGUGCAAUGAAGCUAAUGAUCUGGUCGAACAAAUAAAAGAAACUUUCGAAGUCCCUCACGAAGCCAAUAUUAAACUCUGCUACCGCGGAAAGUUUAUUGAAAAGCUUCCAUCGAUCAAUAAUGCUUUAAUUCAUGCGAGUGUGCUGAAUACUUCUACAUCUGGGUUCAUAUUCUCAACCGGGGGAGAGGAGAUUCCGUUUCGGAGUGAGAUUCUCGAUGCCUUCAAUUUUAUUCGAGAAAAACUGUCAGACGAUCAGUAUGCGAAGACUCGGGAGAAUAUCGCUGAUAUCAUAAAAACGGCGCUCUCAAAACGUUACAUGAAUCAUUCUCAAGUCUGUAAAGCGGACCAGUAUGGUGCUAGAAGCGCUGCGUCCUAUGAUCCGAAUUUUGCACAGCCGAGAUCGACAGUGCCCCUUAUACAGAAUCUUCAUAGUUUGUCGAGCAACUCACAAACGCAAGAAGAACAGCCCGUUCCAAUUCAAGAUCCUCAUCGAACUGGAAUGAUUACUGCACCGAUAACGACCGACAUGUUGAGAAAUGCUUUACUCGCGACAGAGGAGCACAUGCGAGCGACUGGCCAAACAGUGGAAAAUAUGGUUGAAUCUACCCCUGAGAAUCGAAAUAUCGAGUCUGCCGCGCAAGAAAUCCUAGCCGAGAUCGCGGCCUUAGCGACGAAUGUGGAAAACGGUCUAGAAAAAUUGAGAGAAAUGGGGCUUCUUGAUUCCAUUGGAGAAGACGCCGCGCGAAGGAUUCUCCAGGACAUGGGUGGAAACAUCGAUGCUACUGUUGAAACUAUCAUGCGAAACUGGGAUUCCCUGCAAAAGUAA